AUGCCACAGACCUUCCGGUACGACACGCAUGACCACAUGUUUGAAAGUCUGCAGCACCUCGCCGAGGUUUCGCGCGAGGCCGGGCUCGAGCUCGAUGCCUGCAUGGGCAAGACAGACUUUCGGUCGGCCUUGCUUCCUCCAGCCCAGGAACAUCUAUGGAUGUGCUGGUCGCUUCUGUUCAACCCAGAGGCUGAGAGAUACCAGGCCGCAGCGCUGUUUUCUUACACUUUCGGCAAUCUGGGCACAGUGGCCGGGUGGUUCAGGACUGCCGGAGCGCUGCAGCAGAUCGUGACGACAAUAUUCCUCUUGGCUGUCUUUUUCUACGUCGAUGACGUGUUCUGGGCAGCCACCAGAGUCAUUUUGCCCAACGGGCGGCACCAAGCCCAAUGGAUAGCAGAGGUCUUCAACGAGGUCGUGUGCGCGAUGUUCAGCUGGGAGCUGGACCCAGGCAAGUCAGCGGUGCCCCCGCAGAUACCGUUGCUGGGCUUUGAGGUGGCCGUGCAGAGCUGGACGGCGCACUGGCGCUUGGGGGAGGCCAAGCGCAGACAGUGGUGUCGCGAGAUCCAAGAGAUACUGCAGGCCGUACGCCUCAGUCCAGGCGGGGCCUCCAAGCUCUGUGGCAAGUUGAACUUUUUGAAUUCGAAGAUGUUCAACCGCCUGGGGCGCGCACUGCUAAGGCCUCUGAUAUGGCGGCAGUGCCAGGCCCGCGGCCCGGCAACAAUCACGAAGAGGAUGCAGCGCGCUCUCCAGUGGUUCCUGGAGGUCGGGAUUCCUGCAGUGUUGCUGUAUUCAGACGCGGAAGGCAACGGGCGCGUCGGUGCUGUCGCCAUCGCGGACAGGGGGGCCGCGGAGUUCCUCCGGGGCAGGGUGCCGAAGUCGAUUCGGAGACAGCUGUUGGGGCGGGCGACCAAUGCUGUCGCCUUCGAGCUGCUCGCUGCCGCGGUUGCAGUGUGUUCGCCGUGCCCGGACACUCUCCGUGAACGCCGGGUCGUCCACUUCGUCGACAACACGGCCGCUCUCGCCUGCAUCGUCAGGGGGUUUUCAUUGAAAAGGGACCUCGCUGCCAUUGCGGGCCGGCUGUGGUUCGAAGCGGCAGUCAUGGGCAUGGACUACCAAGUUCACUACGUGCCCAGCAAAGCCAGCAUAGCAGACGGCCCUUCUAGAGACGAUCUCGAUAUAUUGCGCGGCAUGGAAGCGACGGAAAGGGACAAUUGGAAUUUCCCAGAUUUUUCCGAAGGUCUCGAUUCGUGGCUUCAGCGCACCGGUGCGCACCGCCUUGCGUUGUAA